CACCUGCGGGCUCCGUGCGAUCGGACCCACGGCGAGCAGCGUCCAUGGCUUCCGUGCUGUCCUACGAGAGCCUGGUCCACGCCGUGGCCGGAGCCGUGGGAAGCGUGACAGCAAUGACCGUAUUUUUUCCUUUGGACACAGCAAGGCUUCGACUUCAGGUUGAUGAAAAAAGAAAGUCCAAAACUACACACAUGGUGCUCCUGGAGAUCAUCAAAGAAGAAGGCCUCCUGGCGCCAUAUCGAGGCUGGUUUCCAGUUAUCUCCAGUCUCUGCUGCUCCAAUUUUGUCUAUUUCUACACUUUUAAUAGCCUCAAAGCAGUCUGGGUCAAAGGUCAACACUCUACUACUGGAAAGGAUCUCGUAGUUGGAUUUGUUGCAGGAGUAGUGAAUGUAUUGCUAACGACUCCACUCUGGGUAGUAAAUACCAGGCUGAAGCUACAAGGGGCAAAAUUUAGGAAUGAAGACAUUGUACCAACCAACUACAAGGGUAUCAUUGAUGCUUUUCACCAGAUCAUUCGAGAUGAAGGAAUCUUGGCUUUGUGGAAUGGCACAUUCCCCUCCUUGCUAUUGGUCUUCAAUCCUGCAAUCCAGUUCAUGUUCUAUGAAGGACUCAAACGUCAGCUUCUAAAGAAACGCGUGAAGCUCUCUUCUUUGGAUGUGUUCCUCAUUGGUGCAAUAGCCAAAGCAAUUGCCACCACUGUCACCUACCCCAUGCAGACUGUACAAUCAAUUUUGAGGUUUGGACGUCACAGACUAAACCCAGAAAACAGAACACUUGGAAGUCUCCGGAAUGUUCUCUUCCUGCUACACCAGCGAGUCAAGCGCUUUGGAAUAAUGGGACUCUACAAAGGCCUGGAAGCCAAACUGCUGCAGACGGUCCUGACUGCGGCGCUCAUGUUCCUAGUUUACGAGAAGCUGACGGCUGCGACCUUCACGGUGAUGGGGCUGAAGCACGCAGGCAAGCACUGA